AUGGAACCACCCUCGUCACCGCCCGGCGAGACUGCCACCGCUGAGGAUGCGCUCUCCUGGUACAAGUCCCAGUAUGCGCAGCUCGAGGUUGAGCUUGCCGAGUUUCGCGACUCCAGCCGCGAGCUCGAACAGGAACUAGAGAAGGACAUUGAGAGAGCAGAGAAGCAGGAGAGAGUCUUUCAGGAAAAGGCAGAAGCUCUCGGUUUUGAGGUGCAAGAGUGGAAGCGCAAAUACAAGGAAUCCAAAACCGAGGCCGCAUCGGCGCAAAAUGCCCUCGAAAAGGAAAUCACCGUCCUCCGCGAUGCAAACCGCACCCUGCAAAUGAAGCUGCGCGACUCUGAGGUGGCCAAUGACGAUUUUGAGCGCCAGGCGCGCAACACCACUUCGUCACUCGAGGACAUGGAGUCCAAGUUCAACCAGGCCAUUGAGCGCGGCGUCAUCAUGGAUGAGGAGAUGAAGCAGGGCGAGCAGGAGCGUGAGAAGCUGCGUAUUGAGUCUCAGCGUUUGCGCGAGGAGCUGGCCGAGCUCAAGAUCGAGGCCGAGCUCAUGCAAGACAAGAUCCAGAAGCACGAGGCCCGCCAGCACCACCUUUCCAUCAUUUCCACCGACAUGUCCGCCCUCGGCUCGCCCACCUUUGACCGGCAUACGGAAAUGUCACCCAAUUCGAUCGCCAGCUCGCCCCUCAUCAGCACACCGCCACCCAACGAAAAGGCCCCGUCAUCAGUAGGCACCGUCUCCGACAUCAACGAGCCGCCCUCGCCGCCCAUGUCCGAGGCAUCCAACCCGGUGCCCAGGGUUGCACCCUCCAAAACACCUGUCCGCACACUGCAGCGCAAACCGAGCCGUCUCCCUUCGCUGGACCAGAGUGUAACACCCAAGCCCCGCGUCAAGUCGACGACCACCCGCAUGGCUCCCCCGCGUGUCUCUGGUACAAGCCUUGGCUCAGGCUCCAAAUAUCGCACACCCGCCAACAAUCGUUCCACCAACUCUCGCACGACGUCACAUAAGCUGCCAGCCUCCAACUCGCUUUCUCACAUUCGCACGCUGACGGAGAAGAUGCAGCGAUUGGAGGCGCGCGUGCACAAUGUACGAUCGAAGCUUCCCGGACCGGCGAGCAGCCCGCCGCGCGCCUCGCCGCGAUCUGCUAAGCACAUCAAUGUUCCGUCGUCGGUGACGGUCCGUUCGCGCAAGCGCACAGCUGGCUCGGCGACGUCGUCCAUAAACGGAGACGAGAAGACGCCGACUAACUACCGAGCCUCGACCUCGUCACGACAAGGCCACGUGCCUAGACUCAGCACAUCCAACAUGAACCGCCUGUCGUUUGGUCCGCUGCCAAACCGGGCACCUGAUGCAGACAGCAGCCGGCCUAGCUCGCGGACCAGCAUGUCAUCAUACGCGCGACCCCCUUCACGAACAGACAUGGCGCCCCCAAGACCCAUGUCGCGCACGUCGACUCGCACACCCCUCAGCCGACCCCGAUCAUCCAUGUCCCUUCACAGCCACUCGCACUCAGCCAGCACGCACCAGCUCGAUCUCGACAUUGAAGAGGAGCACGAGGGCAGCCUACAAACACCGAGCCGGCGUGGCACGUAUGGCAAGGUGGAUUUCAGCAGCAGCAUGAGCGGUGUCCCAAUGUCUAGUGGCUCGUCGAUUCCGAUACCCGGCGGUCGUAGGCAGAGCGGUGACCGUCGAACGAGUGUUGGCGUAGGUCGAGUCCCCAUGGUGGCGGGUCGGCCUAGCACAGCCGGCGGGCAAAAGCUGCCCGAGGCGAGCGACUUGGGCGAGACGUAUUAA